GUGGCAAAUAGGACUGGGCCUGCAUUGGCUCUGACCUGAAGCAGAGGGAGGAGACUUUGACAAUGAAUGUGCUGAGGACACAUGUUUACAAUGAUGGGGGGAAAGGAAGAAUGGAGCUGCACAGGAUCACUGAACACUAUGGUGCCUCAUUUGAACAGACUGACUUUCAAGGAAGCCAACAGAAGUGGCAGUAGGACACCAGAGAGACACAGUAUCCUGCAGCGUUAUAGGAGGAACAUGAAAAACCUCAUUUAAAUGAGUUAUCACAUGAGCUGAAGCAUUUUUUUUCUGACCUCACCAUACUGUACCAAUUACAAGCUCUCAUUGUUCCCUGACAAGUUGAGACCAGGAAGAAGGUAAUCUCAGGAAAUUCACUUCUCAGGGAUGACCAGUGCUCAGCUGCUGAAAGCUUCAGCUGAAGAGUCUGUUUUUGGCGCCCAGCCUUCACACACGAUGGCGUCUACAGUGUCCGCCGUCCCCCGUGGUGUCUUCAGCCCCUCUCUGCCCCCUCCAGCCGUCUGGCCGCCUCUGGACUUUGCCAUGGGUGCUCUGGCCUGCUGUGCAGCCUGCGUGUUCACCAAUCCUCUGGAGGUCGUGAAGACCCGUCUGCAGCUUCAGGGGGAGCUUUGUGCUCGGGGGUCCUACCAGAGACACUACCGGGGGGUCCUGCAGGCCCUCUGGGUGGUGGGACGCACAGACGGGCUCCGGGGCCUGCAGAAGGGGCUCUCAGUGGGGCUGAUCUACCAGGGGGUGAUGAACGGCGUGAGGCUGGGCUCCUACUCCUACUGUGAAGCUCUGGGCAUCACCUCGUUCCAUGGGGGGAGUCUGCUGUCUGGGGCGGGGGCCGGCGCUCUGGGUGCCUUCAUUGCUUCUCCUGCUUAUCUGGUGAAGACUCAUCUGCAGGCUCAGACUGUGGAGGCGAUAGCAGUCGGUCACCAGCAUAACCAUCUGGGAGUGUCUGAUGCCUUUGCUACCAUCUAUAGAAGAGAUGGUUUAAUUGGUCUGUGGAGGGGUGUGAACGGGGCCGUGCCUCGAGUCAUGGUGGGAUCAGCUGCUCAACUGGCAACCUUCACCUCGGCCAAGGACUGGGUGUCACAUUCCCAGUGGUUCAGUCCAAACAACUGGCUCACGGCGUUGAUAGCCGCUGCCAUCAGUGGAGUUGCUGUUGCCAUCACCAUGACGCCGUUUGACGUCAUUAGUACAAGACUCUACAACCAGCCAGUGGAUGAGUUUCGCAGGGGCCGGCUGUACCAUGGAUUUUCAGACUGUAUGCUGAAGGUGUGCCAAACCGAGGGCCUGCUAGGGCUGUAUAAAGGCAUGGGCCCUGUGUUUGUGCGCCUGGCCCCACACACAGUGCUCAGCAUGCUGUUCUGGGAUCUGAUGAGGCAGCAAGCAGCGAAGCACAACCAGAGCCAAGGAAGGAGCUGAAACACCUCAACACCUGCACACUGUAGGCCUGACAGCUACACCUGUUGAAGUCCCCCACUGAAUAAUUAAACACUGAAUUCAUAGCAAAUAUGUGAUGUUUUUGGAAAUUCACUUAUUCACUUCCUUGUGAAUUAGAGAGAGUUGGAUGAGAGGAUUGAUACUACUUUCAUAUAUGUAUCAUGCAGGUAUUAGCAAGUGGAAUCAGAGGGAAACAGCUGUCCUGGCUCUGUUUAAAUGUAAAAUGUUUCAUCUACCAACCUCUCGGAACCUCAAUAAUUUAACUCUGUGUCUUUUUUACUACACCCAGGUUACGCACAGUACAUGUAGUUAUAAGCUGGAUUAGUUUCUCUGCUUAGAGCCAAGAAUCACUGCACACUUGUUCACCACUUGUUAAAUGGUGAAAUGUUGUCUUUACUUUUUUCUUUUUUUUUUUACAGUUUCUAAAAAGGGUGCUAUAACAUGUUGAUCUGCAAGCUUUAGAGCUGCUGGCAGCUGUUUCCUUCUGUGUCCAGUCUUUGUGUUGCCAGUUGAGGAGUCAUAAUCACCCUUCAGACACGAGUGCCAUGUCCAACAUCUCAUAAAACUCUCUGCCAGCAGAGAAAACAAGCAAAAAGUAAAACUGUUGCUUUAACUGAGACUUGUUUUGUUACAGAAAACACUAAAAUGGAUGAAAGUGGAGGUACUUAAUGAAGAUGAACACAUGUUGCACUUACUGUAAGACAUAGAAGUUUCUAUCAAAUGUCUGAGACGUGAAGUUGUUAAAGGACUAUCAGGUUUUACAUGUGAAUAGCUUAAACAGUGAAUUUAUAAGCAAUCUUGUGGGCUUUCAUUUUGUCAGCUUGCAGCAGAUCUGACAGGAGACGCUCAUUAAUGAAGUGCUGACUACUUGAGGAACAAGUCUGGAUUAUUAACACUCCGUAUUCCAUGUUUGUAAUCCAGCAUAGCUGCUGUCUUUGUUUAAUGCAUCAUUCUAGUUGCCUUGCGUGUUAUAUGUAAAGAAAAAAAAUCUGAUUUUUUUUUUUUUUUACUGACAUACGAACUCCCGGUACUUAAAGCCAAGAAUGUCGUUUGAUUCGAGGGUUUUAUUUACAGAAAUUCAACCUCUGAAGGCCUUUGAACAGCAGUAAAUUACAACAAUAAAGAUAUUUUUUAUAAAAUGUGUUGAAUUUGGUUUUUAUAUCAUCUUGGGAACAUGCUUAGAUAGUUUAAGAGCUGCUGCAGCCAGUGUGUGAAUUCAUUUUGAUCUAGUUAAAGGUGCCUGAUUGCAUUAAAAACCGAAUUAUCUUUCA